GUGGGUGUUUUGUGUUCUCCAGCUGCUGUUGGACUGUGGCCUCGGAGGGGGUGGAGGAUCGGAGGGGGGCACUGAGGCGGUGGUGGCCCAGCAUCGAGUGCUUAUCUUCUGUCAGCUCAAGAGCAUGCUGGACAUCGUGGAGAACGACCUGCUGAAACCCAAACUGCCCUCCGUCACGUACCUGAGGCUGGACGGCAGCGUGCCGGCCGGCCAGCGCCACUCCAUCGUCUCCAGGUUCAACAAUGACCCCUCCAUCGACGUGCUGCUGCUGACCACCCAUGUUGGGGGUCUGGGUCUGAACCUGACGGGUGCAGACACGGUGGUGUUUGUGGAGCAUGACUGGAACCCCAUGAGGGACCUGCAGGCCAUGGACCGUGCCCAUAGGAUAGGACAGGUACACACAGCAGGAUACUCACACAUUUACACUGUCAGGGCCCAGAGGCCUGUACUACGAAGCCGGAUUUUUGCUUGGCGAACUAACUUCAGGGUAAACUGGGUUUCCGGUCCUACGCCGCUGGUUCUCUUCUUACCGAGCUAGAUCUCCAUGGUAACUUAUGCUGAGCAGCUAACCGGAACAGGUUAGGUUCCAGGCUAAGAGAUCAACUCAGUGAAAGCCCCGCCUGCUGACCAAUCAGAGCUCAGUGUGCGGAGUU